AUGCCGGAAUUUGAACAUCAUGUGCUAUUCAGUGGUAACUUGCAUUGGUUCCCGUCACAUGAAGACAUUGAAGGCAAGAUGAUAGUGUUGUUUGACACCACAUCUGAGUCGUUCCGAGAGAUGCGUGCUCCCGUUGCUGACAAUGCUGACCUAUUUGAGAUAGACGGCAAGCUCGGCAUGGCCAUCUUGGAUUUUGUGCCGACCAUUGAUAUCUGGAUGUUGCAAAACUACGAAAGAGAGGUCUGGGCCUUCAAUUGCCGAAUUGAAUUACCUGUUGCAGAGAUCAGGGGGCAAUCCAAUAAGUAUGACGGUCCAUUGGAUUUGGAUGUGGUGGUCGUGUCUGGGGAUGGUGGGUUGCUCGUGCUGGUCAAAUUUGCCGAGUCGCUACUUGGGGUUGGUAUGGAUGGCAAGUUGGUCGCCACGUUCCAUCACAAAAAAGUUGAUCCUACUUAUUUUCGGCUCAAGCAAACUCUUGUUCCACAUAACUUCUUUCCAACACUAGAGGGUUAUGUUGUGAAUGCUCUGCCUUUCAUCUGA